AUGAACCAGGUGGAGGGGCUUAGGAGUAAAGUGCUGCUAUACGCCAAAGAUCAUCCUGAUGCUAUUCACCCGAUCGACAUCGAGAGGGUUAAAAAUAAAGAUUGGUUUCUCAAGCGCUACCUUAUAGAGUAUAAAAAUGACGAAAAAAUGGCCGAAACGGCGCUACUGUACUCAUUGAACACAUUUAAAACGGACGGUUUGCACGAAUUGAACGCCACGUAUUUCCCGGCUGAGUUUUACGCAAUGGGCAAUUUCAUAGGGUUUGGCCGAUCUAAGAAAGACCUGGCAGUCAUGGGAGUGAUCGGUCGGUGCGCUCCCAAUGUAUCCAAUAUGAGUGAAGAGAUGUUUGAAUUGGCGCUCAAAUUCUUUAAGUAUAUAUUCAUGAAAUACUAUCUGGAAGUGGACGGCGAGCCGGCCGUAGUGUAUGGCAUACUGUCCGGAAUGGGAAUGCAUAAUGUAGAUAUGGAGUUUGAUAAGCAAGUGAUAGCGUUUGUAAACGCACAUGCUCCCGAUAGUAAAGUUACCUUUUUGCUGAUCGAUUUGGGAUGGAUUGUGAAGUUUGCCAUUAAUUUGUUGAUCAAUCUGUUGAACGAGAACUUAAGAAAUAAGAUCCGUUUCGCCGACUGGUCUCAUGUGGAGGAAUGGGUGGCUUUGGAUCAGAUGCCCAAAUAUGUCGGCGGCACUAAUGAGGGCUUCAGGCGUAUACCCGAUGGCGUGAAAAGUGGCAAAUGUUUGCCACAUCUGCAGCACAUCCCUGAAGAGGAAUGGGAUGCAGUCGUACAGCAAAACGGCGAAUGUAUUCUCGAAGGUCUUAAGGAGAGUGGGCUUAACUCGUUGCCCGACAGAAAUACCAAAGAGUCGGUACAACAGGUUAGGGAUUCACUAAAAAAACAGUUGGGAAAGGAUAAGAUUAACGCCACCGACGAUGAGGUUAAAGUUAGAAGUAGAGAUUUUAUAAUCGAAAAGUUCCUUGCUGCCACUAACAAUAGCGUGAAUGAGACGGUAAAAAUGAUCUUAAAAGGGUUGGACUAUGCUAAAACAUUGAAAAUAUUGCACUAUGGCGAAAGUCAUUAUCCAUCUGAGUUUUACGCGACGGGAGCCAUACAUAAUGUGAACAAAUCACGUGCCGGACAACCGGUAGUGACGGUGUGUUUCAGUUGCAUUCGGCCGUUCAAAAGCAUGAGCGCCGAGAUGUUGUCGUUAAUGCAUAACUAUUUCCUCCAGCGAUUGAAAAUUGCACUUUUUGAGGGAAAGGAGAAAAACUUUCACAUAGUUAUCGACUUUAACGGAACUAAAAAGGAAAACAUUGAAUUCAAGCUGCGCUCUCGUGAAAGAGGUUCGGAUAGCUUAUUUAAUAGAACAUUUGGCCCGAUUAACUAUUACGUACCGGGGUUUCCCGAUAAAAUACACUUACUAGGCGUGAACUCAACGAUCGAGACCGAAAUGAAUGCGUUAAUUAAAACCUAUAAGCCUGAAUUCCAGAAACGGAUCUUGUUCACCACGCAUAAAGAGUUGGACAAGGUGAUUGCGUUGAGUGAAUUACCUGUGAAUGUAGGUGGCCAACGCAAAAAGCUUAACCGUUUACCCAAAAAUAUUAAAAGUGGUAAAUGUCUUAAACAUCUCGAGAAGAUACCAGCGAAAGAUUGGAAGACAUUUACGAAUACAAGCAUUGACUGCAUUAACGAAGGCAUGAAAGAGGCGAAUGUGAAUUCUACGGACACAUUCUUGAACACUGCGUGUGCGGUUAAACGGCUGAAGGAUUCGCUUUCAAAACAUUAUGAAAAGGAUAAAGAUUUGAAACAUAUUGAGAAGAGAAACGCAGACUUUCUGCUCGAACGAUAUCUCGUGGCCACCAAUAAUAGCGAAGCCGAGGCACUAAAGUGGGUGAUAAAGGCUAUUGAUUAUGGUAAAAAUAUGCAAGUUAUGACACACAAUGAGCUCGACUAUCCAUCCGAGUUUUUCGCCACCGGUGCCGUCCAUUAUGUGGGCAAAUCACGUACCGGACAACCGGUUAUAUCCAUUUGUUUUCGCUGUAUUCGGCCGUUCACUCAUAUGAGUGACGCAAUGUUACACUUAGCGCAUAACUAUAUCCUUCAACGAUGUAAAACAGCACUCUUUGACGCCAAAGAGAAAAAUUUUCACGUCGUUAUCGACUUUACCGGUACUAAAGCCGAGAACAUUGAAUUCAGAUUAUUUGAAAUGGCAACAAAACAUACAAACACCUUUAUACCGGGCACUCCUGAAAAGAUACAUAUACUAGGCAUAUAUAAAGCGGUUGAGAUAUUAAUAUCUCCAUUAUUGGGAGCAUUUAAGCCAGAUUUCAAGAAGCGCAUCUUGUUCACCACUCCUGAGGAACUGAACAAAGUGAUCGCGUUGAGUGAAUUACCUGCGAGUGUAGGUGGUGAACGUAAAAAGGUGGGUCGUUUACCUAAAGGGUUUAAGAGUGGUAAAUGUCAUCAACAUCUCAAUAAGAUACCAACGGAUGAUUGGCAGAAAUUGUUGGACACAAAUAUUGACUGCAUUGGUGAUGGGGUUGAUCUACAGUUAAGGGAUUGA